UGGGCCUGCUGGUGGAGGGCCCUUUCGCAAAACAUCAGUCUGAAUUUAGUAGACAGAAGUCACUAGGAACGCCUUGACAGACUCCUGCUGCAGCCAAAGCUCCCUCCAGCUGCGGAGGGUGUUUUUGUUAGAAUCCCUCACUGCGUAAAACUGCUUAGAAUAGAGCCAUGAUCUCAACCACGAAAUGUGAACUCAUAUUUUGGAGAAACUAACGGGGACGACUGCUCUCCUAACCUGAGAGUUGAACAGUGUCAUGCCUUGGUGUUCGGGCUGCUCCUUGUCUAGGUGGUGAAAUGAUAAAACUCACUCUCUUCCUCCAUCAGCGAAUCUGAAGUAAUCUUUCAUCGACUUUGAUCUCCUUUUGUCUCGUAUGGAAUGUCUCUCUCUAUCUGUUGUUAAACUACAAUGACAUGUCUGUAGCUAUCAGAAAGAGAAGCUGGGAAGAACAUGUGACCCAAUGGAUGGGACAGCCCUUCAGUUCUGAUGAUCGUAACACGGCAUGUCAUCAUGGACUCGUAGCUGACAGCUUGCAGGCAAGGAUGGAAAAAGAUGCAACUCUAAAUGUGGACCGCAAAGAGAAGUGCGUUUCACUACCAGAUUGCUGUCACGGAUCAGAGCUGAGAGAUUUUCCUGGGAGGCCAAUGGGUCACAUUUCAAAGGAGGCAGAUGAAAAUGACAGCCAUGAAGGUGAAGGUGAAGAUCCGUUUCUUUCUCUGGAAGCCAGCACAGAGACUCUAGUGCACGUCUCUGAUGAGGAUACCGAUUCUGAUCUCUAUCUCGCAGCUGGUAACCAGAUUUUAACUUCCCAAGAACAUAAAACGUCAGACCAACAUAGCGUCAAAGGAGCAGGCUCCUUAGUAAAGAUGCCUCCUAUCUCUGAAAGAAACCAAGAUUCUUGUAACUCCUGGGGAGUGGCUGGUGGAGCUGAUUUAGCCCUCGUAGGAGAAAGUCAGGAGAGAAAAGUUAUUGAUAUUAUCAGUAAAAGCCUGGAGCUUUGUAAUGAUGUAAGCUUAAGUGAAAUAAAAGAUGCAUCCCAAAUACAUGUAUGCGAUUCAUUGAAUGUGAAAGAUAUUGUGCCUGAGAAGCAAUUACUUAAUUCUGCUGUAAUUGCUCAGCAGCGAAGGAAACCCGACUUCCCCAAAGAGGAACAUGAAAGAAACACCUGCUGUGUAGUACAAGAUGAGUUUUUUGCCUUUCCUUGUGCAGACAGAGGACUGCCAUUAUUAAAAGCAGAUACCAGAAGCUGCCUUCUGCAGCCUUCUUCCUGCCCUAGGGGAAUGUCAGCUGAAAAUGGCCUGCAGAAGAGUGGUUUCUCAGAACAUCAAAACAAAAGUCUUCCAGAGGUUAACUCAGGAGAUGGCAUGCACUGUUUACACUCAAAGGAACCUCCGGCCACCCAGGAACCCACAGAUAAUCAAGUCAGGCUUCGCAAAAGAAAGGAAAUAAAAGAAGAUCGAGAAAGGGCGCGGCUAGACUCCAUGGUGCUGCUAAUUAUGAAACUGGACCAACUUGAUCAGGACAUUGAGAAUGCGCUCAGCACCAGCUCCUCUCCGUCCAGCACACCAACCAACCUGCGGCGGCACGUUCCUGAUCUGGAGUCAGGAUCCGAGAGCGGAGCAGAUGCCACUUCAGUAAAUCAGACAUCAGUGAAUUUGCCAUCUAACACCGAGUCUGCUGACCUCCCAUCAUCCACCCCAGGGACCAAUUCUGGAACAAAACCCAAGUCUACGGCUAUUCCAGGUAUUUCAGAAAAGGAAAAGGCUGAAAUUGAAGCCAAAGAAGCUUGUGACUGGCUGCGGGCAACGGGCUUCCCCCAGUACGCACAGCUUUACGAAGACCUCCUGUUCCCUAUCGAUAUUUCCUUGGUCAAGAGAGAGCAUGACUUUUUGGACAGAGAUGCCAUUGAGGCUUUGUGCAGGCGUCUGAAUACUUUAAACAAAUGUGCGGUGAUGAAACUGGAAGUCAGUCCUCAUCGGAAGAGAAGUGAGGAUUCAGAUGAGGAUGAGCCUUGUGCAAUAAGUGGCAAGUGGACUUUCCAGAGGGACAGCAAGCGGUGGUCCCGACUUGAAGAGUUUGACGUCUUUUCUUCAAAGCAGGACCCAAUCCCUGGGUCCCCAGAGGAUCCCCGCCUGAAGAGCGCCCCGAGCCAUGAAAGCAUGCUGACGGACCUCAGCGAGCCCCAGGAGGUGGCUUCCGUCCGCAGCCUCAGCAGUACCGGCAGUCUCCCCACCCACAUGCCCCCCAGCGGGGACACCGCGACACCCCGGACUAACUCCGUCAUCAGCGUCUGCUCCUCCUCUGUCAACUUCGUAGGCAACGAUGACUCUUUCUGCAGCCUGCCCUCUCCCAAGGAGCUGUCCAGCUUCAGCUUUAGCAUGAAAGGCCACGAGAAAAAUGCCAAGUCCAAGACGCGCAGUCUGCUGAAACGCAUGGAGAGCUUAAAACUCAAGGGCUCCCACCACGGCAAGCACAAGGCGCCCUCCAAGCUGGGGCUGGUCAUCAGCGGGCCCAUUCUGCAGGAGGGGAUGGAUGAGGAGAAGCUGAAGCAGCUGAACUGCGUGGAGAUCUCCGCCCUCAAUGGCAACCACAUCAACGUCCCCCUGGUACGAAAGAGGAGCGUUUCCAACUCCACGCAGACCAGCAGCAGCAGCAGCCAGUCCGAGACCAGCAGCGCCGUCAGCACGCCCAGCCCUGUCACCAGGACCCGGAGCCUCAGCGCCUGCAACAAGCGGGUGGGCAUGUACUUGGAGGGCUUCGACCCCUUCAGUCAGUCGACAUUCAACAACGUUGUGGAACAGAACUUCAGAAACCGGGGGAGCUACCCAGAGGACACGGUGUUCUACAUCCCAGAAGAUCACAAGCCCGGCACUUUCCCCAAAGCCCUCUCCAAUGGCAGUUUCUCUCCCUCAGGGAAUAACAGCUCUGUGAACUGGAGGACUGGAAGCUUCCAUGGCCCUGGCCACAUCAGCCUAAGGAGGGAAAACAGCAGCGACAGCCCCAAGGAACUUAAGAGACGCAACUCCUCCAGUUCCAUGAGCAGCCGCCUGAGUAUCUAUGACAACGUGCCAGGCUCCAUCCUCUAUUCCAGCUCAGGUGACCUGGCCGACCUGGAGAACGAGGACAUCUUCCCCGAGCUGGAUGACAUCCUCUGCCACGUGAAUGGGAUGCAGAGGAUAGUCAACCAGUGGUCAGAGAAGUUCUCGGAUGAGGGAGACUCGGACUCAGCCCUGGACUCUAUCUCUCCAUGCCCGUCCUCUCCCAAACAGAUACACCUGGAUGUGGACAACGACCGAGCCACCCCCAGUGACCUGGACAGCACGGGCAACUCACUGAAUGAACCCGAAGAGCCCUCUGACAUCCCGGAGAGGAGGGAUUCUGGGGUGGGGGCCUCCCUGACAAGGUCCAACAGGCACAGGCUGAGGUGGCACAGUUUCCAGAGCUCGCAUCGGCCGAGCCUGAGCUCCGUAUCCCUGCAGAUUAACUGCCAGUCUGUGGCCCAGAUGAACCUGCUGCAGAAGUACUCGCUCCUGAAGUUAACGGCCCUGCUGGAGAAAUACACACCUUCUAACAAGCAUGGUUUCAGCUGGGCUGUGCCCAAGUUCAUGAAAAGGAUCAAGGUUCCAGACUACAAGGACCGGAACGUGUUCGGGGUCCCUCUGACCGUCAACGUGCAGCGCACGGGACAGCCCCUGCCCCAGAGCAUCCAGCAAGCCAUGCGCUACCUCCGAAACCAUUGCCUGGACCAGGUUGGGCUCUUCAGAAAAUCGGGCGUCAAAUCCCGGAUCCAGGCCCUGCGCCAGAUGAAUGAAAGUACCAUAGAUUGUGUCAACUAUGAGGGGCAGUCAGCCUAUGACGUGGCAGACAUGUUGAAGCAGUAUUUUCGAGAUCUCCCUGAGCCACUCAUGACGAACAAACUCUCGGAAACCUUCCUACAGAUCUACCAGUAUGUGCCCAAGGACCAGCGCCUCCAGGCAAUCAAGGCCGCCAUUAUGCUCCUGCCGGACGAGAACCGGGAGGUGCUACAGACGCUCCUUUAUUUCUUGAGUGAUGUCACUGCAGCUGUGAAAGAGAACCAGAUGACUCCGACCAACCUGGCCGUGUGCUUAGCGCCUUCCCUCUUCCACCUCAACACCUUGAAGAGAGAGAAUUCUUCCCCCAGGGUAAUGCAGAGAAAACAAAGUUUGGGCAAACCAGAUCAGAAAGAUUUGAAUGAGAACCUGGCUGCCACCCAAGGGCUGGCCCAUAUGAUUGCUGAGUGCAAGAAGCUUUUCCAGGUUCCUGAGGAAAUGAGCCGAUGUCGCAAUUCCUACACGGAACAAGAACUGAAACCUCUCACCCUGGAAGCGUUAGGGCGCCUUUGUAAUGACGAGUCAGCUGACUACCAACACUUCCUCCAGGACUGCGUGGACAACCUGUUUAAAGAGGUCAAAGAGAAGUUUAAAGGCUGGGUCAGCUGCUCGACGUCUGAGCAGGCUGAGCUGUCCUAUAAGAAGGUGAGCGAAGGUCCCCCUCUGAGGCUUUGGAGGUCCACCAUCGAAGUCCCUGCCAUGCCCGAGGACAUCUUAAAGCGCCUACUAAAAGAGCAGCACCUGUGGGAUGUGGACCUGUUGGAUGCAAAGGUGAUUGAGACCCUGGACAGCCAAACGGAAGUUUACCAGUACGUCCAAAACAGCAUGGCUCCCCACCCUGCUCGCGACUACGUCGUUCUGAGGACAUGGAGGACUAAUUUGCCCAAGGGGGCUUGCGCCCUAUUGCUCACAUCUGUGGAUCAUGACCGGGCCCCUGUGGUGGGGGUGCGGACCAAUGUGCUCCUGUCCAGGUAUCUGAUCGAGCCCUGUGGGCCCGGGAAGUCCAAGCUCACCUACAUGUGCAGGGCUGACUUAAGAGGCCACAUGCCAGAGUGGUACACAAAAUCCUUUGGACAUUUGUGCGCGGCUGAAGUCGUCAAGAUCCGAGACUCCUUCUGUAACCCGAACACUGACACCAAAGACACCAAAUCCAGGUGAUUACGGAGGCAGAACAACUGUGUCCACCGUCUGGGUGUUUGUUUCUAGAACCCUUGCCGGUCCUUGGGAAAAGGGGUUCUGCGUCUAACCCUGAAACAAAACGACACGUUGGAAUAUAGGAAUUGACUGUAGUGAUUUGAUACAUUUUUAAAGCUGCUUCCUGUUUGUUGAAGGUCUGUGUUAUAGAUCUUGACUGGAAUAUAUGACUGUGCAAAAAAAAAUGUAUUCUUAUGCGAAUUGCUUCUGAGAAGCAAAACUCUUAAGUACAUUGCGGAAGAUAAUGAAGAUACUUCAUUCUCUUGUGAUACUGGUGUAUGUGUACCUAUGCCAUUUUAUUUGCAACGUGUUGAGGGACUGGUGUAUCCACUGGAAUAGUUGGUACUCUUUGACAUGUUUUCUCACUGAGAUGAGCAGAGAAAGGUUUGCACAGAGAAGUGUGUGUAUGUUUGUUUGGUGCUGGUUGAAUGGCAGAGAUGUGAACAUUGGGGUGCAGUGUCUGGCACACUGAGACACUUCCAAGAAGGAUAUUGGUGCAUCGAGUUCAGUUUAACCUGGAAUAUCUGACUACCCAUGGAUCCAUCCAGAAAUGGAACCCAUUUAUUUGGGGGGGGGGGUGACAGCUCACCCUUGUCCAUUUUCUCCUCUUAAUUAUUAAACAGAAUCUUCUAUCAAACUCUUUCUUUACCUGAAAAGUAACUGUAAUAAAUUUACUCUGCUGUCCCAUUUCAAAGGUAGUUGAUCUCUAGACCUGAUUGCACAUAGUGACAUUGUUUUUAACCAGGACAGAUUAGUUAAGGGAUGAAAACUUCCCCUUACUAGUUCAACUAGAAGUUGAAAUGUCAGAACUGAACACUCUAUCACUUACUCCUGAAUCAAGCAUCAAAACGUUUUACUUAUUGCAAGUCUUCACAUUUUCAUGUUUAUAACAGAAAGUCUUUAAGACACACAAUGCACAGGAACGUAGGAAACUACAUAUGUCUCAAGGAAAUCCUGUUAAUUUAAUUAACCUAACCACAAAGGUUGUUUGUAAGUUGUUAUGAACAACCUUUGUUUGUUAGUUGUUGUUUGUAAGUUGCAUUUCUGAAAGCUGUUUAUUCAUUGGAUUGCCCUUAAAAACAAAUAGGUUUUCUGGCUUUGACCUUCUUUUUGCUUUGUUUUCCCUGUAUUUUCUUUCCCUUUAUAAUGAUGCUUUUGGAAUAUAUUUUAGUAGUAGUGGCAAAUUGUUAUCAUGGUAGGAAACAAAAGCAAAGCUCCGGGACAGUUUUUUUGAAAGGGUGGUCUUUAUUCAGGUUUUACUAUAAUGGUAAAGAUUGACGUCAGAGGCAGUAUUAGUAAAUUUAUUUAGUAUGGGUCAAAGUGAAUAAUGUAUGAGUGAGAAUUGUGAGAAGGAUUUUUAUAUUGUUAUAACAGAUUUUAGUUACCAUUGUCAGUGUUAUUUCAAAGGUUCUUUGAAGAAUUGGCGGGAACAGGUUAGAGUGUUAAAAUUCGAGUAUUUUGGGUAUCAGUGUUCCUCAUGAAGAUAUACUUGUAUAUUCAAUUUUAAUGGCUUUCAGAUUUGUAAGAUUAUAUGUUGUAUAUACCAUUCUAUGAAGACACAUGUACACAUGUCCACUGUGCUUUCAAACAUAGAUUAAGCAUGAUAAAGGUUAUUAUUUAAAAUGUACUUGUAUUUAUACCUCAGAUAAUCUUUUGGGUUUUGUACCUCAAGGCUUUUUUUUUUUCCUAAUGUAAAUACACUUUACAUGAAUACAGUCUAAGAGAAAAAAAUAAAUAAAAGAAGAGGUUUAUAAUGUGCUCUGUAUCUGUACAGAAUAUAAUCGAUAAGUGCACUAUUAAAUGUUUAAGGGAAAAGUCUGGCCUGCUCUCCUUCAUAUAGCAUCUCACCCCCACCCUGACAACCACAGACUGCGAGGUAUGUCAUUCUAGCAUCAACCGAAGUGAAAACAGAGAGUCACCAAAGGAAAACUCAGACUGCAGAUCAUUCCAAGGCCAAGCGGCAGCUGAGCCACACGCUAACAAACAGGAAACCCUGGGGAUGCUUCAUUCAGGAAGCACAGAGAUGCUCUGUGCUGGUAGGAGAUGCUCUGUGCUGAAAGGCUGGUAGGAAAUGAUGCUGGGAAGUUACAAGAACAAGUAACAGCUCCAGAGAUACUCACGAGCAAAGCCAAGGUCACCGAUUCAUUCCACAAAAAGAUUUUUUUCCCACUGUUUGGCUUUCCAGUGGAAAGGAUUUCUUCCAUAUUUGACAAGAGGAGAUUUCAGAGGGUGUGAACAUUUGGAAGGACUCUGCCUGCGUGCCCUAGAGUGAUGUUGCCACAACUUCCUCCCUGUGACCAAUGGCCUAGAUUGUAAGCUCUUGGAGGGCAGGGCCCUUUCCCCGCACAUCUUUAUACCCCCCUGCAACAGCUUUCAGUGUUUUGUACUUGUAGGCACCUAAUAAAUUUAUUAUUUGCUCAAAUGGGA